AUGGCAACAAAUACUACUUCCCAUCAUCUCACCCCUCAUCCAACUAGUUCAAGACAAAGAAAUCCUCCUUCACCUCGAACACAGUCUAAAUCCAUUUUGUCAAUAGCUCUUCAAAAAGCGCAGGCUGCUGUACAAUUCGAUGCUGCAAAUAAUGUUGCUGCCGCGUUGGACGCGUAUAAACAAACGGUGGAACUUUUGUUUCAAGUUAUAGAUAAAGCUGUUAACGAGCCAGAUCGUCGGAGGGCAGAUUCUAUUGGGCAAAAAUCUGUAUCAGAAAAUGACUCUCAAACAGAUGGUAAUGAAAUAACAUCAAGUUCAUCUAUGAUACGAGAUAUUAAUGGUAAAUCUGUAGAGAUAGACAAUUCACAUAAUAAUGAAACGCAUCUCGUCAACGAAACUAUCCUCACAAAUGGCGUAGAUCAUCAUAAUCGUAAUGAUACUGUGGAUUACAUUACACCUCAGCCUAAAAGAUUAUCACUAUUGUCACAUCGAUCAAACACUUCGGUCUCAACUUCAAGAUCCUGGAUUUCAAUGAAAUCUUUUGUAUCUGACAAAACGACACCGGCGUCAAUAUAUGAGGUUACCGUGGACGUGGACGGUGCAAAGCCCGUCGCUGAUUCAAGUGAUAAUGGAGAAUCUACUUCCAGGUCUUCGGACUUAGAUUCUAGUUCUGAAGAUAUCGACUCUGCCAUUAAUGACUAUUUACAAAAUUCUGAUUCGUAUGGUGCAAGUUCAGAGAUCAUGGAAGAAAACUCGAGUUACCAAAAUCAAGGUUCUUCUUCAUCACAACGACAAGAAAAAACGGGAAUGGAAAAAGAAAACUCACAAGCUAACUCAUUAUCGAGAUCAUCAUCAUUAAGACUUUCCAUCGGUAAUCGUUUAUUCGUACCUCCACCACCACCAAAAAUCGCUCCUCCUACCACACCACCUAGUCCAAGCGAUCAAUUUCGUCAGAAUGAAGCUUCAGUAUUUUCUCCUCCAGAUAAGAGUGCAUUGAUGGGAAGAAGAUCUACUUCACCAACCAUAGUACCACCUCCAUCUGUGGUUAAACAACCUAAUGCUCCCUCCUCAGCUUCAUUACACGAAACUGUAAAUGAAUCGAUGUUGGGUUCAUCGUCACAGACAAUGUCCGAUGAAGACGACGAUAAAGUAUCUGUAAAAUCUGUUCCCAAUUCAUUUACUCGUCCUUCAUCCUCAUCUAUGGAAAAAUUGCUUAGCAAAGCUUUACCUCAGGGUCGUCGUCCUGCUCCUCUUCCAUUAGCUCCACAAAAUUCUCGCAUAGUGCCUACUCGUACACCUUCUAAUCCAAAUCUGGUAGCUACUCCAAACAACUCCGUCCUUCCAAGAAGAGCUGCUUCAAAUCCUGGAAAUACUCCUAAAAAAACCGGCUCAGUCCGUUUCUUUAAUAGUAAUUCCCAAUCUUCGUCUAAUCCGUUAGCACCAAUACCGGGAACUCCGUCUUCCCCUUGGAUGAACAGUUUUAGUAUUAUUUCACCUCCAUUGGGUAGUCCUGGAUUUGGUCCCCCGUCGGGAAUGUUUCGUAGUGAGACGCCUUCAUCAUCAUCAUCUAAACAUAAUGAUGCAAGUUAUUCGGGUUGCUUAUCAAAUCCUCUCCCAAAUACAUUUUUUUAUGAUGAUCCACAUAUGUCAUCUAAUAACAGGUUAUUCGAACCCUCACCCAAUGACCUUCAUUUAAACCCAUUUUGGUUAAUGAAAUUGCUAGAACGUACAAUGACUACGGGAGGUUAUUUAACUCCGAAAUUAUUUAUUCCUCGAAAUUUAUGGUUACAAGGACAUGUCAAGUUAGCUGCAAUAGAUACUAAAAUAUCUAGUUGUGAGGUCGUAUCGACCUGUUUAAUGAAAUUAACAAAAACCACGUUUAAUGAUAUGGAUAACUUAGCGAAGGGCCUUCAGAAUUCUCUAGCACGUAAAUUAAAUUACAUUGAAUCGACUAAUGGUAAAGGUCGACAAAGCACGAGUUCAUUAAUGAAUUGGGGUUCUAAAUUAUCUCGUGGUCUUGAUCGGAUGGGUAUGGGAAACGCUAUGGUUCGCACUGAAGAAGCUAGUGGUUAUGUAGAAGUCUUAUUAAAAGUUUUUCAACAAGCAGGAGUUGUAGAGAAUUACAUACGUCAUUUUUCUUCUUUAAAUGCACCAUAUCAUCAACAUCACAAACAAAUUGUUGCACGGCUUCACAAAUUUGCAGAUUUUUUUGGUAAUGUAAUCUGUAGAUUCGUAGUAAAAGAUUUAGGAGUAUUAACAGAUAAAUAUGUAAAAAAAGCAAGCCUCUGGAUUACAGAAUAG